GGCAACGGCAACUCUCUUCACUAGCAUACCGUCAUAUUCUACGACUGCGCUCGAGGAUCGCGACUCUGACAUUGUUGUCAUCACAAGACGCGCCGGAAGUGUGUAAUGUAUGCGGCGUUGUAGUUAUCAGUGCCACUUUCUUGUGGUCUCGGCAGCAAUCUUCCCUAAUUCUUCGUUUGCACAAUCGUUUCCGUGCGAAUUGGUCUCCUCCCUGCCACGAUGGCCACCGAGUACUUUUCCGAUAAUGAGGCAUACAUAAGCAACCAACCUCUACCUUCGCCGGCUGGCACACCGUAUACUUCCCUUUCACGAAGGACGUCCCGCUAUGGGUCGCCUAUCAGCGAGGCGCCAGCGUCUCCAGCACCAUUCCCGCCAGAACCCAAUGACAACCACGAUGCCCCUGACAAUAGCGACAGCGUCUCUAUGCUUGAUCCGCGACGAUUUACGCCGACACUGCACGCCUCUCUCGUAUCCGAAAUCCUUUCUUUGCGACGCGAAUUGGACUCCAAGCAUAAAUUUAUCGAAGAUCUCGAGACAUCUUUUGACACAGUUCGGAAAGAAAAUGAUGCGCUUACGAGCCAGUUGUCUACGAGUACGAGGGAGGGCCGAGCAGUCAAGGGGCAACUACAACAGCUCGAGGAUGCGACAUUAUCAGCACUGGAAGAAAUAGCGAGUGAGAGAGAUAAAUUGAAGGAAGUGAAUGACGAUCUGAAAGAAAAGCUCAAUUCGGCACAGAAGAAGCUGCGUAGCCAGGAAGACGAUUCGACCCGGGUUCAUGACAUGUGGGCGCAUGAGAAGGAAGCGUGGGCUGGCGAAAAGCGCACUCUGGAACGGCGCGUUCACAUUUCCGAAAGCCGCUUGAAGAUGCUUCUCGAAGAAAUUGCUAUUCAUGAGGAAGGACAAGACAAUGACGUGGACAGCGAAGGUGAGGGGCUUCCCCGCGAUAGUGGCGUGGGUCCAGAAAGCGAGGCUGGAAGUGUGCGAUCUUCUCCUGCCAGAAGGACAUCCACGCGCAUUGCGCGUCACUCUAGGAACUUGAGCAACAGCAGCUUCCGAAGCUUUGGACGUGGGUAUCGAAUGUCUCUCAUGAGUGGAACUGGAUCUGAAGGCCACGGACGUAACAAUGGCAUGAGUUUGGCGGACGAAUUGGUCUUUGACGAGGAGGAGGAGGAUCUCGAUGACCUAGAACUCGACUCGGAUGACUUUCCGGAACACGAAAUGAGAGCAUUGCGGGCUCUUGAAUCGCGACAAUCCAUGCGACAAGACGACAAGGCGAAACGCAUUCUCGGUCUGAGUCUGGACAGCGAAUUGCCGAUCAGAGAUGUCUUCCCAGACACUGAGCCAGUGAAGUCUGAAUCGACACAGCCUUCUGCUGCCGUUCCGCCACAGAAACUUCAUUUGGUGUUCCCUCCUCCACGACCGCAGUCAAUGGAAAUACCGGAAGAAGAGUCGGAGCCAGAGCCAGAGCCAGAGCCAGAACCAGAACCAGAACCGGCGCCCAGACCCCAAUAUGUUGACACUGGGGUACAACCCUCCCCUCCAUCUUCCCCUGUCAGGCCCGAAACUUCGGAGUCAGCUUUGACCUUCAAGCUCUAUGAAGGCACUGCUUCUAGAGCUGAAGUAGAAGCUAACCAGAGGAAGAAGCGAGUGUCUGCCGCAGCUGGUCCUUCAGCUGGGACUUCUCAAGCUCCGCCGAUGCCCCGACUGAUGACCUCCACGUCUACUCAAGGUAGUGAUCAGCCUUUGAGCCCGCCAGCUACUCCUAAGGUUGACACGUCUUUCGAUGAUGCUUCUUUAUCUUCCCAACCCCGACCUGCAGUAGUGUCGAUUGCGACCCAGACCGAACCUAUUGAACAUGUCGAGUCCGCUGGCCCUGUUGAAGCACCUGCUCAAGAGCAAUCGAAACCUAUAUUACCGACGCGCGCGCCUCCGCCAGUUCCAAUUCUGAUACCAUCCAUUGCUAUCCACGCACCUUCGUCUACACCGUCGUCGCCCAAGGAGCCGAUACUGCCUCCAGGUACGAUUAGUGUUGCCACACAGACCACGAUUGACUUGAGAUCGAAUAUGCGCACCGUGGGCAUGCAAACUGAGCCCAUCAUGGUUGACAGGCGAUUUCAAAAGCUGCCCCCUCAUCUGCAACCCUCGGCUAUAUCGUCUAAGCCUGGCACACCGGAGCCUGGUCAGAAGGGCACAAUUACAAGCCUUGUUGCUCAGAAAACGGACGCAAAACAGGCGCCGGAGAGGACUGCCGGUCCCUCUGCUCGUCAAGAUCUCAUGUCCUUGCUGGAGAAAGCUACGAACAAGGUCGAAGAUCGAUAUCCUGGGAACAACGACAAUGGUCCGUUGACUCGAACCAAGGAAAGCAGCAUCAGCAGACCAUUUCGAACAAGUAGUCUAUUCGCAGGCUUUGACGGGCCAUCUUCUGACGAGGAGGACUCAGACGCCGAACUUAGUGCCGAUGAGCAGCGUCAGCCUCCCCCAAUGCUCUCAGCGCGCAAUGUCAAGAGCGGCAAGGUGUUCAACAACCCACCUACCCCAGUCCCGGAGGAGAAGGAGCCCUCGCCUUCGCCCGCUCGUCCUUCUGAGGACUCGACCAGGUCUCAAAUUUCCUCACACGCUUCGAUGGAGAAACCGGCGAGGAUUGGCAAACUUGCUCGACAGCCUAGCAUCCGACGAUCAGCCAUGAUUCAGAAUGGAACAACAGCACACAUGCGCUCGCGCAGUCCCAGCAUUGGAAGCGUUGACACAAAUGGCUUCCUCACCAAGCCCCCAUUCCCUGUCCCCACACGUUCAAGCUCGCGGAAGCCUGUUCUUAGCAAGAGUGAGGGUUCGCAGAGCCCUACUCCGCGUAACAGUGGUAGUUUUGCAGGACGUCGUCCAUACGGCAUGAAGCAGCAGCAGCACCAGCGCAAGGACAGUCUUCGAAAGGUGCGAUCAGCGGCAGUCGUGUCGAGAUCAGGCCGCCCACGAAGUCGAUCCCCUCCUUUGCCGGCAACUCCUAGUACGGUACCCCUCAGUCCCUCUCUUCCACCGAUACCUUCCUAUACCAGUGAUGUGAGCAGUAGUUAUGGGUAUGCGCGUGGUCACCGUAACCAGUUGUCGACGACUACCACUCAAACUGCACAGACAGCACUUACGGGAAGUGCUUCAGUGGGCAGCAGUGUUGCUUACCAAGCGAGCGUCGUGGAUGCUAUCGCGGCUACCAUGGUUGGUGAGUGGAUGUGGAAGUACGUGCGUGGCAGGAAGGCGUUCGGUGGGCAAGAAUCACCUGCAGAUCUUGCUAAGGCAGGCGAUGAAGCCGUUUCCACCAUCAACGGAGUACGCCACAAGCGAUGGGUUUGGAUCUCGCCAUAUGAGCGCUCAGUGCUGUGGAGCAACAAGCAGCCAACGACUGGGCCUGCUUUGAUGGGUACGAAAGGCCGGAAACUCGUCAUUCAGUCCGUACUCGAUGUUGUCGACAACACACCGAUUCCCCGAAAUGCAGGCACGCAAGCUCUGUUCAACCGAUCCAUUCUCAUCCUCACUCCGGCCCGCGCACUCAAGUUUACAACUACCACCCCCGAGCGUCAUUAUAUGUGGCUGACAGCCCUUUCUUUCUUGGCGCACUCGAGCUCUCCGAUUCCAGACCUUGGUGCUGCACCGCUUGCGCCGCCCGAUGAAGAACCGGCCUACCGUCCACAAGGAGCGACGCUCCGCCGUUCGCACGUGCGUGAUUCAGUGCGCCUCGCGAAAGGGAAGGCCAAUCCCGUGGCUCAGCGAUACCAGGCAUCGAUGGAGCCAAUGCCAGAAUUGAACACGUUCCGAGCGGAACAAGCAUUGGAAGAGUCUGCAGAUCCGCCGACCAUCCCUCGCGGCCCUCUCCACAGCAGGAAGAGAAGCUCUACAGGACCCCUCGCACCUCGCCCAGCUCAAACGUUCAGAACUUUCUCUCACCAGCAAGUACCUUCGCUGUACUCCUCGGGCUCCUCCGACAUGUACAGCAGCAGACAGCCCCCUUCUGUGCCAUCCUCCGUAUACAACCCCAACAGCGUCGUCGCCAGCACUCGAACAUCCGAAGCCAGCACCUCAACCCGACCUUUCUUUGACACCAUGGGCACCAUGCGCAUGGAGGCGUUCAUCGACGACAGCCUCGGCAAAGACCCUUCGCUGCGGGUUCUCCAGUCAUCUUCACGCCCGGGACAUCGCAGGCGACGGGGUAGCCAAUGGAGCGUGAACGAAGCGAAUCGAGCAGGCGGAGCAUACGACGACAUCAUGAACGAUCCCUUCCGCGGGUUCUAGUUGGCCUUGUUCCCUGUUUCUCGACGACGUACACGCGACCUACGUGUUAUUGCCGACCAUGUGUUCGGGCUCUGCGCUUGUCUUUAUUCUUGCGAAAC